UUGCCCGCCCUGCUCUCUCUCUCUCUCUCUCUGUGGGUGAAUGAGUCUAUGACAGGGAGGGACGAUUGUUAAAAAGGCGUGGAUUUGAAACCAAGGGAGUGAUGAUUAGAAAGGAGAUGUUGGAGACUCUGUACCAGUGGUUCUGGUGGGACAAGCUGUGGCUGCCUGCUGAGCUGUCCUGGGCCGACUUGGAAGACGGGGACGGUCGGGUCUAUGCCAAAGCCUCACAUCUCUAUGUCACAGUCCCCUAUGCCUUCAGCUUUUUACUGGUCAGAUACCUGUUUGAAAGGUGGAUAGCAACACCACUCGCAGUCUCUGCAGGAAUCAGACAUCGAGUCCAACUGAAAGUAGAACACAACCCCAUCCUGGAGAACUACUACAGCACUCAUAGUAAAAAUCCACUUCAGGCUGACAUUAAUGGGUUGUCUAAGAAAAGCAGUUUGCCUGUCAGGCAAAUUGAACGCUGGUUCCGAAGAAGACGGAGGCAGGAUCAUCCUGGAGUCCUAAAGAAAUUCAGAGAGGCCAGUUGGAGGUUUGUCUUUUACCUGUCUGCGUUUAUAGGAGGAAUCGCAGCACUUUAUGAUAAAGAGUGGCUGUAUGACUCUAGACAAGUAUGGACAGGUUAUCCAAAGCAGUCCAUGCUGGAUUCUCAGUACUGGUAUUACAUCCUGGAGAUGAGCUUUUAUGGCUGUCUUCUCUGCAGCAUUGCUUUUGAUGUCAAGAGAAAGGACUUCAAGGAGCAGAUCAUCCACCAUUUGGCCACUCUAGUCCUUCUGGCAUUUUCCUGGUGUGCAAAUUUCAUCCGAAUGGGAACCCUGGUUAUGCUGGUCCAUGAUGCUUCUGAUAUUUUACUGGAGUCUGCCAAAUUAUUCAACUACGCAAAAUGGGAGAAAACCAGCCAUGGUCUUUUUGUUGCGUUUGCCAUUGUGUUUAUGGUAACACGACUGAUCAUCUUUCCGUUUUGGUUAAUCCACUGUACCUGGGUCUACCCGGUUCAUCACUACCCGGCCUAUUUUGGCUACUACUUCUUCAACGUGAUGCUUGUGGUUCUUCUCUUCCUUCACAUAUUUUGGGCCUACCUCAUCUUCCGCAUGAUCAGGAAGUUUCUGUUUGGCACACUAACAAGAGAUGAGAGAAGUGACAAUGAGGAGGAGGAAGAACAAGAGAGCAGCCUAACAGAGGAUGGAGAUGUUCAACAACACAAGCCCUUCAAUGAACUGUCAAGAGAUGCAGCCAGUGAGAAGAAUGGAUGCUUCGGUUUGUCUCCGCCAGAGAACACCUGCUUAUCAAGACUAUGUCAUGAGCUGGGCUCAGUGUAACCAGCAAACAUGGAGAUGUGAAAAAAAAGAGUAGAGCUGAUGGAAAAACAAAUCACAAUUGAUUGUAUGUUUAUCAUUUUUACAGAUACUGAAGUAAAAAAAAAAAAAAGCCUUACUUAAGUGGCAUAAUGAGCAAUGUGGGAAACAGAUUUUUCCCUUGUGUUCUGUUGUUUCUUUUUAUUUCGGUUAAGUUUCAUAACUCAUGAAUACAUAACCAGCUAACCUGCAACAAUAACUGGAACAUUUCCAUGAGUUUUGUGAUACUAAUACUGUGAUACUAAUGUGGAGCAGGUCAGUUUGCCUAUUUAUGUCCCAUUUGGUCUUCCUAAUUCCGUUUAGUACACAUGUACUUUAUUAUUGUGCAUCAGUUUGUUUUUCUGGGAGCUAAAUAUGUUCAUGAAUUUAACACUAUGAUCUCAUGAAGACUUUACAUCUCAUUUCUACUGACUGUGUUUCUGAACCCUGGUUAAGCCAGUGGAUUCUGAAUCGUCAGAACAUAAAAUUAGAUAUGAAACCACCAAAACUGCAAAUGUACAAAAUGGCAAAGAGCAAAAUACCCAGGAUGUAUGGAAAGACUGCAUUCUGUACAAAUGGUCACAUUUUACAGUUUCCUCAGUGACUGUUUAAAAAUGAAAGUUACUUUUUAAAACCUACAAUCAA